CACUCACCGGAUGUGUGCAACACCCACACCCUUCCCUCCCUCCUGUUGUCAGCCGGGUCGGUGGCCGAACUAAGUUCAGGGAGGUUCAGCGGCUACUGGGCUUUUACACAAUGGACAGCCAGGGAAGGAAAGUGGUGGUCUGUGACAACGGGACCGGGUUUGUCAAGUGCGGCUAUGGAGGCUCCAACUUCCCAGAGCACAUCUUCCCUGCGCUGGUGGGGAGGCCCAUCAUUCGCUCCACAGCCAAAGUGGGGAACAUUGAGAUCAAGGACCUGAUGGUGGGCGACGAGGCCAGCGAGCUGCGCUCCAUGCUGGAGGUCAACUACCCGAUGGAGAAUGGCAUCGUCAGGAACUGGGACGACAUGAAGCACCUGUGGGACUACACCUUCGGCCCGGAGAAGCUCAACAUCGACUCCCGCAACUGCAAGAUCCUCCUGACUGAGCCGCCCAUGAACCCCACCAAGAACCGCGAGAAGAUCAUCGAGGUGAUGUUUGAGACCUACCAGUUCUCAGGGGUCUACAUUGCUAUUCAAGCUGUGCUGACUCUGUACGCCCAAGGCCUCCUGACCGGCGUGGUGGUGGACUCGGGGGACGGUGUGACACACAUCUGUCCGGUCUACGAGGGCUUCAGUUUGCCGCAUCUGACGAGGCGCCUGGACAUCGCAGGCAGGGACAUCACCCGCUACCUGAUCAAGCUGCUGCUGCUGAGGGGCUACGCCUUCAACCACUCGGCGGACUUUGAGACGGUGCGCAUGAUGAAGGAGAAGCUGUGCUACGUGGGCUACAACAUCGAGCAGGAGCAGAAGCUGGCGCUGGAGACCACCGUGCUGGUGGAGUCGUACACGCUGCCAGAUGGCCGCUUGAUCAAAGUGGGAGGCGAGCGGUUCGAGGCCCCCGAGGCUCUGUUCCAGCCCCACCUCAUCAACGUGGAGGGCGUCGGAGUGGCCGAGCUCCUCUUCAACACCAUCCAGGCGGCCGACAUAGACACCAGGCCCGAUUUCUACAAGCACAUCGUCCUGUCGGGGGGGUCCACCAUGUACCCGGGCCUGCCGUCCCGGCUGGAGAGGGAGCUGAAGCAGUUGUACCUGGAGCGCGUGCUGAAGGGAGACGUGGACAAGCUCUCGAAGUUCAAGAUCCGGAUCGAGGACCCCCCCAGGCGGAAGCACAUGGUGUUCCUGGGCGGAGCCGUGCUGGCCGACAUCAUGAAGGACAAGGACAACUUCUGGCUGACCCGCGAGGAGUACCAGGAGAAAGGAGUCCGCGUGCUGGAGAAACUGGGAGUCACCGUCAGAUAAAGCAGCCGCACACACACACACACACACACACAGAGUAUAUAUCUAUUCAUCCCUCUUCUCUCGGCUGGGGAUCGAGCCGUUUCCUCCUCCUCUCUCUCCUGGUUUUGGAUCUUCACUGAAACGCCCAAAAAGGGUUCAAGUUGUCCUGCUGGUGCGUCUUUUUUCUGUAUUUUUUUAAAUAUCUUGUGCAGAAGGUUAAAACUUUCUUUACCUUCAAAAUAUUUUGUUUGUCUUGAGUUUUUUUUUUUAAAUUCUUUUUAGACCUUUUUCAAAAAGUCCCCAGAGGGGACGAAGCAAAGUUUCUGUAAUAUCCAAAUCGGAGCCCUCUACCAAUCAGAGCCCUCCAUCCAGCGGCCAUGGCCCGCCUCCAGCUGAGUGACAACUGAUCACCUUUGUUCUUUUUUUAAUAACUGAUGUUUUUUUCUUUGAAUUGUCUCUUCUGGGAGAGGACUAACUUUUUUUAGUUUGAGUAUUAAUGUGUAUAUUUUUAUUUUUCCCUUUUAAAUAUCCGGUGCCAAGAGCAGUUAACGUUAACUGGGUCUGUUUUAACGUCUUUUCUUUUUGUCUCUUCUAUUUUCCCAUGUUGUUCAUAACUGCCUAACGCUGAUUUAAUAAAGAAAGUGAUUUAUAAAGUU